GUCUUCCACUUCUGCUCCAUGCCCUUCAUCUCCUGUAGUUACCUUGCCCUUUUGGCUGAGGGACGGGCUCACCUCAAACCAAUGUAAGUUGUUUAUUUAUUUAUUUUUAUUUUUUCUUUUUGGCUGCACCGAGUGGCUGGCGGGAUCUUAGUUCCCCGACCAGGGAUUGAACCCGGGCCACCACAGUGAAAGCGCUGAGUCCUAACCACUGGACCGCCAGGGAAUUCUCUAAUCAAUUACCCCUCUGGGACAGUUUAGUAAAUGGAAAGCCAGUGGACAAAUGACAGAAGACCAGAAGUUUGUUCUCUGGAGACAUGGGCUCAGAGCGGCACUGGACUCGGGGACACCAGGCCCAGUGAGAGAACUCUGCUCCAAGAGUAAAGAGAUCUGGAUCCUGGUCCUGGCUUUUCUGUGUCAUUCAGGGUUCUUGUGGAAGUCAGACCAAACAGCAGGAAGGUAUUGCAGCAAGAUGGAUUUGGGAAAGGACCAGUCUCACUUGAUGCUCCAUCAGACACCUGAUCCUCAUCAAGAAGAGAACCAUGUUCCAGAAGUCGUUGGAACUUGGAGUUUAAGAAACAGAGAGCAACUCAGAAAAAGAAAAGCUGAAGCACAAGAAAAGCAAACUUCACAAUGGCAAUUUGGAGAGAAAAAACACAAGCGGCAGAGAACAGGAAAAAGAAGUGAAAGAGGCAGAAAGAGACAACAAAAUACAGAAACGAAGGUGGAGCCUCUGUCACAAUUAGAAAAGGAAAUGAUGGAGAAAGCACCAGCACCUACAGAGAAAGAAACUGAACCACCCAGGAGUGUGACCGAAGCUCUCCUUCCAGUAGCCUCCACGCAAAGAGUUGUGCCCAAGAAACAUUUUUCUGAAAUAGGUCAAGAAAGCAUUAUCCAUCAGGAAAAUUCUUCUGAAUACCAAGAAACAGCAGUACAAAACCACCCUUCUGAAAUACGCCAAGAUAUGGCUGAAUCUGAAGACCUCUCUCCUAAAAUGUGCCAAGAAAUAGCUGUAUUUCAAGACCAUCCUUCCAAAAUGUGCCAUGAUAUGGCUCAACCUGAAGACCUCUCUCUUAAAAUGUGCCAAGAAACCUCUGCAGCCAAAGCCCUUUCUUCUAAAACAUCUGAAGAUAUAGCUGACCUGGAAGGAUGCCCUCUUGAAGCAUACCCCAAACCAGAUGUGCCUAAAGGCUACACUCUUGAAACAUACCAAAAAAGAGCUGAACCUGAGGAACACAAUUCUGAACUAGGUCAUGGAAUAGCUGAGACUGAAAACUUUGUUCCUAAAACACAAGAAAUAGCUGUGCCUAAAGAGCUUUCUAUAAAAACAUACCAAGAAACAGUUGAAACUGAACACUUUUCUCAUAAAACAUAUAAAGAAAUUGCUGUGUCUAAAGACCCCUCUCAUAAAACAAUCCAAGAAACACCUGCUCCUGAAAAAUAUUCACCUGAAAUAUACCAAGAAACACCUGGGUCUGAAGAAUAUUCACCUGAAAUAUACCAAGAAACAGCUGGGCCUGAAGACUAUGCACCUGAAAUAUACCAAGAAACACCUGGGCCUGAAGACCUCUCUACUAAGACAUAUAAAGAUAAGGAUGUGCCUGAAGAAUGCUUUCCAGAACUGUACCAAGAAAGAGGUGGGCCCCAAGACCAGGAUCCUAAAGCACACCAGGAAGAUGCUAAGGAUGUUUAUAUUUUUCCUUGAGAAAUGAAGGAAAAACCCAAAGCAGAAGAACCAGACAAUUCCAAAAUACCAACAAUUCCAAAGGUUCCUCAAGAGAUUCACCC